AGUCCUCAAAGAAAACUUCUGUUAUGGGAAUAGUUAUUGGCAUUCUCGGCGGUUUGUUGGUGGUCAUAUUAUUAUGCCUACUUGCUGCAGUAUUAUCCAAGCCAACCCUCCAAAGCCAAGAGGUAGACUCAACGACCGGCCAAGAGCAAGCAAUAAUAUUUAAUUUGGAAAAUAUCAAGGCUGCAACUAGAAGUUUCCAUGACGAUAACAAGCUUGGACAGGGAGGAUUUGGCACUGUAUACAAGGGCACAAUGCCAGAUGGAAAGCAAAUAGCAGUAAAGAAACUUUCCGUGCAAUCUUUACAAGGGAAAAAAGAGUUUUUAAACGAGGUGAAGCUGGUGGCAAAAAUACAACAUCGUAAUCUUGUGAAUCUGCUUGGAUGUUGCGCACAGGGUUCAGAACGGUUGCUUGUAUACGAGUUCUUACCUAACAAGAGUCUUGAUAAGAUACUAUUCCAUCCAGAGAGGAGCAAAGAGCUCAAUUGGCACAGGCGUUUGAACAUCAUACUUGGAGUAGCCCGUGGGCUUCUAUAUCUGCAUGAAGAUUCUCAGCUACCCAUCAUUCAUCGAGACAUUAAAGCUAGCAAUAUUUUGCUUGAUGAAAAUCUGGAGCCAAAGAUAUCAGAUUUCGGCUUAGCAAGGCUAUUUCGCCGAGAUGAGACUCAUGUUAGCACAAGGGUUGCAGGAACAUUUGGUUAUAUGGCACCAGAAUAUGCUAUGUUAGGUCAACUAUCUAUUAAAGCUGAUGUAUAUAGCUUUGGUGUUGUCAUUUUAGAAAUAAUAUCUGGAAAAAAGAAUACCAAUAUUGAUUUGUCCCCAGAUUUUGGAAGCCUACUAGAAUGGGUAUGGAGAUCUUACAUGGGAGGAAAUAUUGUGGAUGUGAUUGAUAGAUCAAUAAUAGAAAGUGUCCCUAACGAUGAAGUUUCACGAUGCAUUCAUGUGGGUCUUUUAUGUGCACAAACAAAUACAUCACUUCGCCCAUCAAUGACUAGUGUAUAUGCAAUGCUCUUAAACCUUUCAGUGACCAACUUACCAAAUCCAAUAAAUCCUACUUUUUUGAAUCUUACACAAAAAGAUGAUUCAUCACAUACAUCUGCUUCAACAUCAACAUCUACAUCUACAGUUGGAAGCACAACUUCAUCUACUUUAUAUCCAUCAAUCAAUGAUGCAUCAGUAACAGAUUUUGGUGCUAGAUAAUCCCACUUACUCCUACUUUAUAAGAAUAGAUGUAAAACUUGUGUUUAAAACUCACCUCUAAACCAAAGUCUUGGAAAUAAAUUAAAGCACUUUUUAUUUU